AUGACCAAGAUCGACGCCCUCCGUCGAUUUAUCAUCCCCUGCUUCUCCCCCACCAAGAAAAGAACCCACUCCGCCGGCACCAAGAAACGCCUGAGCACUUCCCUGCGCGACGACCUCGACGACAUUGACGCCGCCGCCUCCAAAACCCACGACCCACGAGACCAAGAUUCGCAAUCUUCCUCACCCACAACCGACAAUGACGCCGUCUCGACAAUCGUGCCCCAGCAGCCUCGUCCCUCGAAAUCCAUGGUCAUCGGCACCAUCUUCGGCCACCGCCUCGGCCACGUGUGGUUCUGCAUCCAGCACGACCGCCUCUCCACCAAACCCACCCUCCUCCUCGAGCUCUCCAUCAAGACCCACCAGCUCGUCAACGAGAUGCGAUUCGGCCUCGUCCGCGUAACCCUCGAGUGCGACGAGUCGAGCCGGUCCCAGCUCGCCACGUGUCCGCUCCAUUCCGUCCCGCUCUGGACCGUCCACUGCAACGGCCGCCAACUCGGGUUCGCGGGGACGAGGAGAGCGAGCGAUAAGGUGAAAUUGAUGCUGAAGACGAUGCAGUCGACGACGGUCGGCGCCGGGGUUAUGCCGACCGGGUACGGGUUGGAGUCGGAGUCGGGUCAGGAGGUGAUGUAUAUGAGGGCUAACUAUGAGCACGUGGUGGGAAGCGCUGACUCGGAGUCGUUUCAUCUGAUUAACCCGGAUCAGUACCCGGGUCAAGAACUCAGUGUCUUCUUGCUUAGGUCCAAGCACUCAUGA